UAAAUUUUUUUCUACACUCGCCCGUGAAAAAUACCUGUUGACCGCAUGUGACUGCAUGGUUUCUUGUUGGGGUCACGUGUAGCGCCGUUGUCACGUGCGAGCGGACUGACAGAACGCGCAGGAAAGUGCGUCAACCUGGCGAGCCUUCGCUGCGAGCCCUGCAAAGUCCCAUCAUGCUGAAACAUCUGUGCGCUUGUAGCUGUUCUCGCGUAAAAUGCGCCGGCGCGCACGCUUCUCUAGUUGCCCUGUAGAGCGUCAUCGUUGAAGCCGCGCCUUCGAAUCGGAAACUAACGACGGUUGAGGCACGCUGUGUUCGUUCUUUUCUCUGCUAACCACGUUGCUUUUAAGUGAAGGAUGGCUGCAGUGAAUGACGAAGGAGGAAGCGGUGAUAAUCACUCCGCAAAGUUUGGGAUGGGCGACAGUACGGGCUUGGUUUACGAUGAGCGCAUGGCAGAGCACCUCAGCCUCUGGGACAGCCGGCACCCGGAGUGUCCAGAACGGCUGACCGCCAGCUACCAGCGGUGUGUCGACUACGGCUUGGUCGAACGCUGCCUCCGUAUACCUGCUCGCAAGGCCGAGGAAGCCGAGAUUUUGGCCUUGCAUGAGCCGGAACACUUGGAACAGCUGAAGAAGACACAUGGGGAAACAGACGCCGAUGCUCUGGAGGCUCUUUGCGCACGCUUCGACUCCAUCUACAUCAAUUCGAAAACGUAUGAGCUGGCAUUGCUCGCCGCGGGCUGUACUAAGGACCUUGUGACGGCUGUCAUCCAGGGAAAGGUGCGAAACGGCAUGGCUCUAGUUCGCCCCCCGGGUCACCACGCCAUGCACAACGAGUACUGCGGCUACUGCUUCUUCAACAAUGUGGCCCUGGCGGCGAAGUACGCGCUCGACGAGCUCCGGCUGAAAAGGGUUCUCAUUGUGGACUGGGAUGUGCACCAUGGCCAGGCGACUCAGUACGCCUUCUACGAGGAUCCUCGGGUCCUCUACUUCUCUGUGCAUCGUUAUGAACAUGGUAAGUUCUGGCCCGAGAUGCGGGAGUCUGACUUCCCUUACGUGGGCCGGGGCGCCGGUGUGGGCUACAACAUAAAUGUGCCUCUCAACCAGGUGGGCCUCGGUGACGCGGACUACCUGGCCAUCUGGCACCAGCUGCUCUUGCCAGUGGCAUACGAGUUCCAGCCAGAGCUGGUGCUGGUCUCGGCUGGCUAUGACGCAGCCCUUGGAUGUCCGGAGGGCCUGAUGCGAUUGUCACCAGCCACCUACGCUCACCUGCUCCACCCACUCAUGGCCCUGGCCGGAGGUCGUGUUUGCGUCGUGCUUGAGGGCGGCUACUGCGUAUCGUCUCUGGCCGAAGGAGUAGCACUGACCCUGCGCACACUGUUGGGGGACCCCUGCCCAAGCCUGCCACAACCGCUGGGCCAUGUCAGCGACAGCGUAACGGAGACGCUGCUAAACUGCGUGUCAGUGCUACGGUCCCACUGGAAGAGCCUUCACAUCCAGGGUACAAGUGGCACAAAUAAAGCCGUCCCGGGGGCCACCGAGCACCUGCCGCGUUCCGAGUACAGGGGCCAACUGGGUGUGCAGCGACCCGAGAAGUUCCCCACACGCAGCGGCUACUACGAACAUCCGCCCGAGGACAAGGAACGGCUUGAAGGAGAGGUGGCGGCGCUGCGAUCCAAGACCAACCUGGACGUGCCGCCAAACCGAACAGCGCUGGUUUACGACGAGCGUAUGGCUAAACACCACUGUCUCAACGAAAGGGUACACCCAGAACGACCAGAGCGCAUACUGAAGCCCUGGCACGUGAUGGAGAAGCGGGGACUGCUCAACCUUUGCGUCUUGCUCGAUUCUCGGUCAGCCACUGUAGACGAGUUGCUCAUGGUUCACGAUAAGAAGUAUGUGCAGAAGAUGCGCGGCUGCCAGGAGAUGAAGAACGCUGACCUGAUCAAGUUGCAGGAGAAGUACCCCUCCGUCUACCUCUGCCGCGAUACCUUCUCCAGUGCCCUUCUUGCGGCUGGCUCGUUGCUCCAGCUUGUUGAUGCUGUCUGUACAAAUAAGUGCCAAAACGGCAUGGCCCUCAUACGGCCUCCCGGCCACCAUGCCGAGCGUGACGAAGCUGGUGGCUUCUGCAUCUUCGGAAAUGUGGCGAUUGCGGCGCGGUAUGCAAUGGAGACGCACGGACUGCAGCGAAUACUAAUACUGGACUGGGACGUCCACCAUGGCAACGGAACCCAGCACGCCUUCUACGAUGAUCCCCGGGUGUUGUACGUGUCAAUCCACCGGUACGACAACGGCUCGUUCUUCCCAUGCCUCCCGGAAGCCAACUUUGAAGCGGUUGGCAAUGGUGCGGGCCGGGGAUUCAACAUCAAUGUUGCCUGGAAUUCGGAGGGGAUGUCGGAUGGUGACUAUCUGACCACCUUUUUCCAACUCGUGCUGCCAGUCGCUUAUGCGUAUGAUCCCGAACUAGUCCUGGUGUCCUGCGGCUUCGACAGUUGCGUCGGGGAUCCGCUGGGGUACUGCCGGGUGACCGCCGAAGCGUACGGCCAUCUGACGCACCAGCUGCUGCCCUUGGCUCGCGGUCGUGUCAUCCUCUCUCUCGAGGGCGGCUACAACCUCUCCAAGCUCCCUUCGGCAGUCUGCCACUGCGUCAGCGCUCUCCUGGGGCUGCGGCUACCUCAGCUGCGACCUGCUGCCCCUUGUCCAAGUGCAGUGCAGUCCAUUAGGCGGACUCUGGGUGUUCACCGGAGCUACUGGCCCUGUCUGCGCUUCUCUGGUUACGACCUUCCAUCAGAGGAGUGGCUGGCAUCCAAUGGCCUUGUACCUGACGGCACACUCUCAUUGGACCUGGCUGCCCUGAGGCUCGAGGAUGAAGAAGAGGGGGCACCUUUCUGCAUCCAGCCAGAGACGUGGUGCCCGCACCUGGAAGGCCUGCCGCCCCUGCCAGAGGAGGGCCUCAGCGAUCCUCGCAGCCCUUGCAUGACGUGCGGGGUGCAAGGAGAGGUCUGGACCUGCCUCCAUUGCUACGAAGUCUACUGUAGCCGCUAUGUGAGCGGCCACAUGGUGACGCACCACGAAGAAACCCAGCACCCCUUGGUGCUGAGUUACUCAGACCUGUCGGUCUGGUGCUACGCCUGCAACUUCUACGUCACGAAUCCCGUCCUUCAAGCUGCAAAGGAAGAUGCAUACCUGAAGAAGUUUGGCACUGUUGAGUUUGUUGUGUGAUUGCUGGAACUUGUUGAUUCAAGAAGUAAAUGUUUCUACUUCCCGUGGGACUCCUUCGAGUUCCGCGGGCUUUGGAAGGAAAAGCCUCCUAAAGCUUCGUGCAAGGCACUGGCACAUUGCAAGCUCUCACCUUGCAAACAAGAUGUUCUUGAGGGCCAUUCCCAUGAAGAGUGUGAAUUAUUAAUUUAUUUUUUACAGUUGACUGAUUAAAUAUUGAAUUUUUCAAAUGCCCGAUAUUUCGGUCAUGCC